AUGGGAAACUCUAUAAAUGGACCAUUAAUACCUCCAUCGUUUAAAAGCAAGAACAAUGGCACUGAUGUACCCUUCAAAAGAUCUACGAGUCUUCGUGAACAGAAAAGUACUCGUGCUCAUGCAAUUCCAACUGGAGAAAUUGUUGAUAUUCGAAUGUUACGCCUAAAACGUAAUAUCACGCAGUUAUCAACUAAUAACCAACAUCAAGAAACUACUGAAGCGACAGCAAAUGGCAUUAAUAAAUUAGUUAACCAAACAUCUGAAUGUAUCACCGAUGAAGAAAAGCUAAAAAAACAAUUGGAUUACAUUCAUUCAUGUGCUCGUCGUGAUAAAGGACUUCUAGAGAAUACUCACGAGAUACUACGUACUCCUGACGAUUUCAAUAUGCUUUACAAGGAAUUUUAUAUUAAAACAUUCGAUAAUGAGUACAUUCAUUGUUAUUAUAUUCAGCAAUCAUCAAAAGAAGAUGAAUUUAAACAAAAAGAUACACUGUUAUAUCUACACGGUGCUGGCGGUAAUUUAUCGCAUCGUUUAGAAGUUAUUAGACUGUUUUACGAUAAUUUGGGAUGCAAUUGUUUAAUUAUUGAUUAUCGAGGUUUUGGAUUGAGUACGGGAUGUCCUAGUGAGGUUGGACUUUAUAUAGACGCUCAGGCUGCAUACGAUUAUUUAACCAUUAAAGAAAAUAUUCCACCGGAAAAAAUAAUCGUUUUGGGAACAAGUUUAGGAGCAAGUGUGGCAAUUCAAUUGGUUAGCGAUGUAGAAAAUCGAGUAAAAUGUGCUAUAUUUGAAAAUCCGUUUAUUUCCGUUCCGGAGAUAGCACGACAUUUUUUACCAUAUGCAAAAAACGUUUUGUCCAUUUCAAAAUCCGUUGGUUUCGUUUAUCUCUUUGAUUCUUUAUCAAAAGUACCAAAAAUCAAAUGUCCAUGUAUAUAUCUCGUCGGAUUAUUAGAUAACGUUGUUCCCACUUAUAUGUCAAGUGUUUUAUACAAUGAGACGCGUAAUGCAAAACACAGACAACUGUACACGUAUGAAUACGGUCGACAUAAUGAUUUACCAAUUAUGACAUCCUAUUUCGAUAAUAUUCACACUUUUUUAAACGAUAUCGACGAGAAACCAACACCAAUAAAUUCAAAUAAUAAAAUUAAUUGUAAAACUUUGUCUACUAAUACUAUGAUAUUAUCAUCAAAAUUACGACGAUCAUCAGAAUAUUAUCCUUUAUAUGUCGAAUUACGAAAUAAAAUUCAUCGUGAAAAAUAUAAUCAUAACGUAAACAGAUAUAAAAAACAUAAAAUAAUUCAUAAAAGAUUUACUGAUGAAAAUUUAAUUUUUUAUAAUGAUAUCAACGAUUUGGAUGUGUUACCAAAUGUAAAUAUAACAAAUAACAAAACACUUUAUCAACACAAUAUUUUUGAUAAUGAUCCAAAUAUACCUUUUGCACAUAUUCGUCAUGAAAAAGAUCCAGUCUUAACUCGUACUCAAACUCGUGCUAUUAUAACUGUUAUCAUCGUCAUUGGUGUAUUUAUUAUUGUAAUAACCAUAUUCAAAUUAAAAAAUUUUUGUCGUGAACAAGAACCAAAAUCAGUUGAAAUUCCACAAAGAACAUCAGUUUACAGUGAUACAAGUUCACGGCACAAUAGCGUUGGAUAUUAUAUACGAAAAUAUAGUCAUCCAAGCAUUCGUAUUGAUGAUCAACUAAAUUGUUCAUCUCUUAUUACACCACCAUCUAUAAUUCCAUCUACCGUAAAAACAACAUUAAAACCAUCAUUAACAUCUUAUGCAACAUCAACAACAGCAUCGUCUUCGAUAAUUUGUGAUACAGCUAUUGUUUUGUCGUCGAUGCGACAAAAAGAUUUGGAAUUAGACGAUGUUUUUCAUGAGUCAACAAAUCAUUUAUUCUUAGAAACCAAAUCUCUUACACCAUCACCAUCAUCGACUGUUAUUAAAAAACAUUUAUCUGUUUCAUCUAAAUUAUCAAAAAAUAAUAAUAUUACAGAAACAACAACAACAACAACAACAACAGCCCAAGCUGAUUCAAAAUUCAUUGCUAAUAAUAACACAUCACAACAAAAAUCUUGUAUUAUCAUUGAAAACAACGUAUCCGGGCAAGUCGUAGAUUUUUAUUCACGAUCAAAAGUUUUACCAUUAUCUCCGUUUUCUGUUCGUAUUUUAUUCACAUUUGCAAAAGAUCGUUUAACAACACAUUCAUUAGAUAAAACACGAAAAUUACCAAUAAAAAAGGCCAAAUUAUUAAAAUCUAUUAAUGAACAUCCAUAUGAUGAUGAUGAAGAUGAUGAUGAAGAUGAAUACGCUUCUCUAUCAUCGGCAAGAAAAAAUAAAAAUAUUAUUAUACAAUCAUCAUUAAUAACAACUAACUAUGGUGAUUUUAAUAAACUCGUACCGGUAGAAAAAAGAGAUGAUGAAACGACGUCGAUACAACCGGAAACAUCGACGUUUCAAAACGAACUAUUUCCAAUAUCAAAUGAGAAUUUUGAUAGAGAAAAUGGAAAUCCAACAACAUCAAUUGUUAAAUCUUAUCCAAGACAUUCAGUUGGUCCAUGUAACGGAAAUUCAUUACAACAAUCGAAUGUAGCCACAAAAUUCACGAUAUUAAAUGAUGAUAAAUCAACAAGAAAAUAUUCAUUAAAUUCUGUUGUUCCACAAAUAGAAACAACAAAAUUAAUUGGUCAUAAUCGACGUAGAAUAUCAUUAUCAUCUGCUAUAAGACGAAAUUCUUUUGCUAAACAUCCUGCAAUAUUUUGUGAAACAAUUGAUAGUGAUACACCAAAACAAACUCUAUCAGAAGAUAUUCUUGAAAAUAAACCCGAUUCACCAAUACUUACUGAUAGUUCAACAACAAAUUUUACAUAUUCAGAUGAUCAACAUUAUGUUAGUGAAAAAUCGUCAUUAAUUAAUUUAAAACAGCCAAAUAAAAAUCGUAAAAAAAAUCGUUCAUCAUUUCCUCGUAAUUUUAUGCAAAAAAUUGAACGUUUUCGUUUUAUUGAUGAUAGUGCUUCUUCGACAACUACCGUUACAUCGCCUGUUGAAGGUAUUGAUCGCACAAAUCAACAACAAAUAAACAAUAGUUAUAGCAAUAAUUUAAUAUCGAAUACUAUUGAACAAUUCGAUGAUUAUGUACGUUCACAUUAUUAUAAUAAUAAAAAUAAUAAUGAAAAUAAUUCAGAUGAUUAUAAUGAUCAAUCCAAUCGAUCGAAUAUUGAAUGUUAUAUAGAUAGAAUAAAUUCAAAAAAUUUUAUAAAUGGUUAUUCAGAUAUGAACAUUUUAGAAAAUUCUAAUAAAAUAGCAUCUCGUUCAAAUUCUCAGACAAACGACAAACAAUUGUCCAACAGUAUAGGAAGACCGUAUACGUUAAAUAAUGGAACAACUCAAAACUCGUUAACUAAACCACAUUUAUCUAUGCCAAUCAAAGAAUCAUUUCAAAUUCAUACGAAAUCAAAUACUAAUAAUAAUACUAAUAAUACUGAUAAUGCACAAAUUAUUCCAUUUACGUCAACAAUGCUCGGAAAAAGUUCAGCUGCUAUUCCCAUACCACGUUCAGCAACAUUAUUUAACCACAAUAUUAAACGACCAAAUGAACCGAUUCAUCAGUGUUAUCCAUCAGAUAGUACCAUACCGUCUUCAUUCACAAAAAAUCCGACUAACAAUAAAUAUUCUUAUCCCACGAAUGGACCAUUUAUUUCGCAGGUAUUGUCACGUUCAAUGGAUUUUAGUAAAAAAUAUGAUAUGAAAAAUGAUUUCUUCAAUAAUAACUGUCAUACAGUAAUAAAAACAACAACACCAACAAAUAUUACCAAUAAUACUACUCCAUUGACUGAAUCUUCAUCGUCGUUACAUAGUUCAACAAGUUUAGAAUUUUAUGAUGAUAUGAAGCCGUCAGGUGUUGUUGUCGAUGACGAUUUCUUGCCUAUGUCAUCACCAGUUGAUGAUGACUAUUGGGAUAAUGUAUCUGUUGAGACAACGAUUCAAUGUUUUCCUAAUGUUGGUUCAUCGCCUGUUAUUGAAGUAAAACAUUUCGAAACAAAUUUAUUAACCGGUGAUAAAAUUCACAAUAAUCAUUCUAUAACUACGAAUAAUAGUCGACGACCGUAUAUUAAAGAUAGCGAUGAUCAAUAUAGCGAAACAUCUGAAGAUUAUCUCGAUGAUGAUGAUGACGAUUUAGGAGAGGAAAAUAUCAAUAAUUAUUCUGUAAAGGAAUUUGCAUUGAAAGAACUGCAAAAACCGAUUGUACUUAAAUCAGCUCUAAAAUCGAAUACUCAAUUAGGUAAAAUGACGGAACUGAGCAGUAGUGACGAAUUUAAAAUGAGACCAUUACAAACGAGCAAUAACCAUCUGGGUAUAAACAGCGAUAUAUUAGAAAGGAUUUCGACAACGAACGUUCAAUCAGCAUCUCAUUCAAAAUUAAAUAAUAAUGUUCAACAACAUCAUCAAUGUUCACCACUAAACAGAGACUAUUCUCUUCAGAUGAGUAUAACAAAAAAUUAUUUUAUGAAUAAAGAAAAACUAAAUCAAGAACAGAUCAUGACAAACGACUCGUCAUUACCGUCAUCUCCAGCUAUAACAAAUGAACCAGAUCAUCUCAAUAUUAGUGUCGAUUUAACAACCGAUUUGAAUGAACGUCUACGAAGUUAUUUACCACAACAAAAACAUCAUAUUUCAGACGAAAUUACAACUGAUGAUCAAAUACAUUCAACUGAUAAUGAGAAACUGUUGAAAAAUAUUUCGUCAAACUUAAAUAAUACUAGUACAACAACACGUUUAAAAGUAUCGUCACCACCGUGUCCAUUAUACACGUCUUCACGACAAUCUGACUUUUUAAAUGAAUCCUCUACGGUUCAUCCACCACAAACAAUUUAUGAAGAAGGUGAAGAUGAACUACAACAACGAGAAACUGAUUCAGAUGAUGGUGAUGAAAGUCCUGACGAUGGUGAAAUAGAUUUAAUGCAUGAAUAUGAAUUAUCUCAACGUUUAAACGGUGGAUUAGACGAUGUACAAUCGUCAUCGAUAACAUGGAAUACAGAUGAUAAAUUAUUGACUACAGACGAUAUGAAUAAAUAUUAUUUAAUGCAAAAAGAUGAUCUACUAUCGAUAGUGACAUCAUCACCAUCCCAUUCUACUGUACGAUCUUCAUCAUCCGAUUUUAUUUCGCAUACUAAACCUAUUCCACCUUCGAUUAUGAAAACAAGUAAAUCAAUCGAACAACGAGAUACAUUGUUGUCGAGUGAACAAACGUCUUUGCCAAAUAUUAUUUCGUCUAAUAGUUCUUCGUCCGCUUUGCUACAAUCUCCUGCCAUAUCAACCGUAAUAAAACCAAAAGUUCGUUUUAAUCUCGAUCCAGAAUAUGAACGAGAAAGAGAAUGGAACAAAGUAAACAAAUUAUUAGGUAAUGUUGAAUGGACAGAUGAAUUUGAAGUAUAA